UUCAGCCCGAGGCUCGUAGCAGCUGCCGGGUGAUCCAGCGGAAAUGACAAGCCGCGGUUCCCGGUGACAGGAGAGUGCGAGCCGCUGCUCUUCCGAGCAGAGAGAGGAGGUGUGUCGGGGAAGCAGCGCCCUGACAAGGUUCUCGCCGCGGCGGCUCAAGCUCGUCGCUGUCUCUUCACUUCUUGUCACCCGGGCGUUCACGCGCUCUUGACCUGGGAAAGAUGGUUAUAAUAGUAACAAAGCUGGUGCACUGCUUUCGUCUCAGUAGAAGAUAUGGCCAGUAUACUAUGAACCAGGAAGUCACCAAAGUUACAGAAAGACCUCCAUUUGAUCGAUCAGGUUCCCAGGAUUCUUUGGAUGAACUAUCUAUGGAAGCUUAUUGGACUGAACUAGAAAAUAUCAAGAAAUCUCAUGAAAACAGACAAGAUGAUCAAGAGGUGGUGGUUGUCAAAGAGCCUGAUGAAGGAGAAUUGGAAGAAGAGUGGCUUAAGGAGGCCGGUUUGUCUAAUCUCUUUGGAGAGACUGCUGGAGAUCCCCAAGAGAGCAUGGUGUUUUUAUCAACACUGACCCGGACGCAGGCGGCAGCUGUUCAGAAACGAGUAGAGACUGUCUCCCAGACCUUGAGGAAAAAAAACAAACAGUACCAGGUUCCUGACGUCAGAGACAUAUUUGCUCAACAGACAGGGUCAAAAGAAAAGGAGGCUCCAGAUGGCACAGAAUCACAAUCAGUCGGAACAGAUGAAAACAAAUACCGAGGAAAAGAUGACCAGGCAUCUCACCUAGGUGUUGGUGGAAAGGAGCUGACCCCACUGGUGCCUGAGGAGGCACCUGCCUCUGAAACAGACAUCAACCUGGAGGUAUCAUUUGCAGAGCAAGCUGUCAGUCAGAAAGAGAGCUCCAGAGAGAAGAUCCAGAGGAGCAAAGGUGAUGAUGCCACGUUACUGACUUACAGAGUGCCAAAAGACAAAACAGGCACCACCAGGAUUGGUGACCUAGCGCCCCAGGACAUGAAGAAAGUUUGCUAUUUAGCCCUAAUUGAGCUGACUGCCCUCUAUGAUGUCUUGGGUAUCGAACUGAAACAACAGAAAGCUGUGAAAAUCAAAACAAAAGAUUCUGGCCUUUUUUGUGUCCCAUUGACAGUAUUGUUAGAACAAGAUCAGAAGAAAGUACCAGGAACUCGAAUACCCUUGAUAUUUCAAAAACUGAUUUCUCGCAUUGAAGAGGGAGGUUUGGAAACCGAAGGUCUCUUAAGAAUCCCUGGAGUUGCUGUUCGAAUCAAGAAUCUUUGCCAAGAACUAGAAGCAAAGUUCUAUGAAGGGACUUUUAAUUGGGAAAGUGUCAAGCAGCAUGAUGCCGCCAGCCUGCUGAAGCUCUUUAUCCGGGAGCUGCCCCAGCCACUGCUCAGUGUAGAAUAUCUCAAAGCUUUCCAGGCUGUCCAGAAUCUUCCAACCAGGAAGCAACAACUACAGGCUUUGAACCUUCUUGUCAUCCUCCUGCCUGAAGCAAACAGAGACACACUCAAGACCCUGCUUGAAUUUCUCCAAAGAGUCGUAGACAAUAAAGAGAAAAAUAAGAUGACAGUCAUGAAUGUAGCAAUGGUCAUGGCCCCAAAUCUCUUCAUGUAUCACACAUUGGGUUUGAAGUCCGGCGAACAGCGAGAAUUUGUAAUGGCAGCCGGGAUAGCUAAUAUCAUGCACUUACUGAUUAGGUAUCAAAAACUCCUGUGGACAAUUCCCAAGUUUAUUGUCAACCAAGUGAGGAAGCAAAACACUGAAAAUCAAAGAAAAGAUAAAAAAGCCAUGAAGAAAUUGCUGAAGAAAAUGGCUUAUGAUCGAGAAAAAUAUGAAAAGCAAGAUAAGAGUGCAAAUGAUGCUGACGUUCCUCAGGGAGUGAUUCGAGUACAAGCUCCCCAUCUUUCCAAAGUUUCCAUGGCAAUACAGCUAACUGAAGAACUCAAAGCCAGUGAUGUACUUGCCAGAUUUCUCAGCCAAGAAAGUGGAGUUGCCCAGACUCUCAAGAAUGGGGAAGUUUUUUUGUAUGAAAUUGGAGGAAAUAUUGGGGAACGCUGCCUCGAUGACGACACUUACAUGAAGGACUUAUAUCAACUCAACCCCAAUGCUGAGUGGGUUAUAAAGUCAAAGCCAUCAUAGAAGAUUUAUGCUGAAGAUAGCCAGCCAUAAGGACUCCCUUAAUCAUACUUGCUGGGUCAAGAGUGUAAAUAAAAUAAAUGGUGGGACUCUUAUUAUUCACAUAUACCCUAUUCUUGAAUAGUGACACACUGAGCCUUAAAAAGUUCUAGAUUUGUGCUGCUGCCAGAUUAUGUUAAUUGUUAUUAUUCAUAUUAGAAAACAUCUCUGGAGUGGGAAGAAAGGAGCUAAAUUAGCUUGUAGGCUAUUUUCAUCCACUCCGUGGAAUGUGUCCAGAUGCGACAUCCCUUUUUAAUAUGAAAAUAUCCUCUCUUCCCCCUCUUUUUCUGUUCUAAAAUGAUGUAUACAGUAAUAAUGUGCAUUUUCGCCUUUCUCUCCUCCUGACACCUGCCUUCCCCCAGAUGGGUUUGUUUUGCAACCGGAAAGGUAACCAGGAUCAGGUAUGGCAAGAUGUGAAGAUAGUACCUCUGGAAACAGACUGAGUUCAGCAAUAUUUCUGUCUCUGUCGUACAUUAAUAUUCAUCUCUUUGAGUCAUUUGUUCAGACAGUGGCCUCCCACUUCUUACUGCUGUAUCACACCAAGAGACUUGCAUUUUUUUUCAGUUCAGCUCACGUAUGUGCUCAGAACUAUAUCCACUAUCAAGAAAACAGAACUGUCAGAAACUGCCAAUUCUUACUGCACUGUUUAAGACUUACGUAUUCAGAAUAAAUAAAAUAUAUCCAUGUGGAAUAACUGGAUUAUGGAUAAUGAAAGAGUGGAAGAUCACUUCGUGUAUGCUGUAGUCUCCUAAAUGAAAUUUAAAAAGUCAUAUAGCUGGCUUUACCUAUUGUCGUAUUAGCAGUACAAAUACUGUAACUGGCUUUACCUGUUGUCAUAUUAGCAGUACAAAUAAGUGCAAUAGUGUGAUCCAGUCGUUGAGAAUGUAUUCUGCUGAAAGAGGGAUCUUUUUUUUUUUUUUUUUUUUUUUUACUUAUAAAUGAGUCGCAGGAAGAAUUAUUCUUCUGAGUAUGACACCAUCAUAUGAACAAGCUUUUGUUUGUGUACUUAUUUUAAUCAGAGCAAAUUUAUUAAAAUGCUGUGGAAAGACCAUUCCCAGAAAUUUUCGUGCACAAACCAUAUUAUAAUAAGAGAUGAGCCUCCAUACUGUAAAUAAGAGGAAUGAAGUGAGAGAGAAAUGUUCCAUAUUUUAUGAGUUUAGAGUGUAGUGAAUAAAAGUGAUGUACAUGAAUGUUGCACAAACUGUGUUUAUGAUACUUUUCAGUAGGACUUUAGGAUAGGAAACAUUGCACAUUCUCAGAAGCUCUUGAUGUCACUCUAAUUAGGAGGGGAAAAUGCUGCUAAUGAGAACAGUCAGAAACUUUUAAUUAAGAGCAGCCUGUGGAUAUGAUCACUUAAAUACCUUUGUGAUGAUUUGUGCCAUUGCUUUUUUAUUUAAAAAAUUUUUUAUAAUUAAAUACAUUUUUCUAAAUUA